CUCUCUGUCCGUACUCCGGAGGCAACAUCCCUGGGAAGGGCUACAGCCUUCAAUAAAACUACAGUGGGGGAGUUCUUUGAACAUCUGGCUGUAGUGAUGGACAGACGAAGCGGCUCUGCAGCCUAAACCAAACUUCGAGGAAAUAAUAAUAAAUCCUCCUUUACCAGCCAAAAUGGAAGCUGACAGACAUCAUAUGUGAAUGUGAACGCCAGCAUGAGAAAGGUUUCUACAGGCGUCGUUAAGCUAUAACUGAGGUAUACGUUUGUGAUGGGCCACAACCAGCUCCCUCCUCAACUUAUGAAGUUCAGAUGGUUGGUAUACAUCAGUCCUGUCAUCACCAUCCUUUCUCUCACUCUGCUGCUUUGGACAUACAGGUCCACCAGUGCCUUUCAGGUAUGGACCCAGUAUUACCAAGCAACCAGUGAGCCUCAGCUCGCAGUGCCGCCGAGAGAUCCACAUGAUCCAAGAGAAACAGUUCCUUUCGUGGCAGUCACAGGGACGAGGUCGCUGCUGGUGUCAGCCUACCUGGAGCACCGCACAGGCAAAAGGGAGGUUCGUCUUAUUGCUGUGGUGCUAAGGAGUGAGACAGUUGCCUAUCGCUGUGUCCUCCGGUGUCAGGAGCAACUCUACAUCUCUGAAGGUGUCAGGCAAAUCCACACCGAUCACUUUGGUUUUGCCUAUGGCACUGCAGACAUCAUGUGUCCUCUCCCCCCAAGCUGUGAGACCCCAUCUCAUGUCGCUGUGACCUCUGCUGCAUUGGACUCUCAAGAUACACUUCAUGAAGAGUUUUUGGAAGUGAAGAACCAGAAGGCCCAGAGGGACUCCUUUCCUUUCAACUUCACCGUCUGCCUCUCCACCAUGUUUGAUUUCACCAACGUGCUGCAGCUGGUCCAGAGUUUGGAAAUGAUGCAGUUACUGGGGGUGGACAGAGUUGUUGUCUAUAAGACCAACAGCAGCCCUGAAACACAGCGUGUACUGGACUACUACACAUCCAAAGGUCUAGUUGAGGUGAUUCCUUGGUCUCUGUCCAGAUUUCUGAAUGUAUCUCGAGGCUGGCUGCCCUUACACGGUCCAGGUGACCUCCACUACUUUGGGCAGAUUCCUGCUCUGAAUGACUGUGUUUAUAGAUACAUGUACCAAUCCAGAUACGUGGCCCUGCAUGAUAUGGAUGAGCUCAUACUGACCCAGUCAGUCAAAAGUUGGUUGGAGCUGAUGCCUCUGCUGGAACAUAAAUAUGGAGCUGACAAGUGCUACAUGUUUGAGAAUAACAUAUUCCCUAACACCGUCACGUCUCCGCCCACCUCCCAAACCCUGCUGCUGCAGAGCUGCUGCUCCAGCUGGCAGAAUGUGUCUGGGGUGAACAUCCUGGCACACCUGUACCAAGAACCCAAGGUCAAAGGAAAGUUCGACAACGUGAAGACAAUUGUCAACCCCCGAGCUGUGUUUACCGCAACCGUCCACGGACUGAUAAGCUCACUCAGGGGCUGCUCCAUGGUUGACAGGAAUAUAGCACGGAUGUACCACACAAGAGCUGCUGCACAAACCGAGCUGACACCAGACCAGCUGAUUUAUGAUGGCCGACUACUGAACUACAGUUCACAACUCAUACCAAAUGUCAAUACUGUAUUAAGAGAGAGUGGACUUCUGCCAGAGGACAACAUACAGUAGCCACUGGUCAAUUAAUCAGAUAUCUAUGGAAGUCCUGAACCGGAGCCGCGGGUUGCCGACCCCUGGCCUAACCUAACAUACUGGGGUCUGUCAGUUAAGAAAUCUAGCUGCAGAGGGUUUUUAUGCCAGUCAACUAAUGUGGUGUUCAGUUUGGAGGGGAUGAUGAUUUUGAAUGCUAAACUGAAAUUGAACAGCAUUUUCACAUCGGUGUUGUGGUUGACCAGGUAGAACCUGACAAUGCUCAACACAUGUUUUGCCAGUUUUUUUCAGGUUGUUCAUAAGAUGACACUCUGUUUUUCUUUGGGUCAUACAAUGUACAAUAUUUCAAAAGUUAUAGUCUUGCUCAAAUGUGCCAACUUAUUGAAGUCGGGUUUUAUCAGCCCAAUGUGUGACUAUUGUUUAAAGGAAGUGAUUUACUUAUCUGCAGGUAAAUACAUCCUCUUUGUAACUGUUCUCUGUGCACAACACCGACAAAAGGCACUUUCAGAAGCAGCAUCUUCGCACUGUUUCUAAUUUCAAAAAUGUCUAGUCUUACAAGAGUGUGUGUGUGUGUGUGUGUGUGUGUGUGUGUGUGUGUGUGUGUGGCACACAUACAAAACAUGUCUUAAAGUUCAAAACAAGUGCACUUAAAGGUCUGGAAGAAAGCUACAUUGUUGUUGCUCGAGGAGUCAAUGACUGUCAGUUUAAAAGUCAAUGAGCUUUCAGAUCAUUCUUCAAGAACAAUGUAAAGGGUGCAUUGUGGUUGACAAUUUAUCGCUUGGUGAGUGAGCAGAAGUUAUGACCUUUCAGUUGUGUGGUUGCUGAGAAAGCCCAAUGCCCUGCACCCGACACAAAACUAAAAUCAAAAGAGGAACAAGCAUAGCCAAACUGAGCAGCACAUGUCUUCUAAGACACAAAUAACCAAACACACAGAAAACUUGCAGUCAUAGUAUUUUAAGCAUGAUUAAGACCCAGCCAUGUUGGUGGCUCUGUGAGGCUGAAAGCAUUCAUCUUGAGGAGAAUAUUAAUGUCAACCAAAGGGUAUUACAGUCCAUCCCACAAAGGUCCAUCUCAUGUAGAGUCUUGUUAACCAUUGAUACAAUACUCAGAAUUCCUUUGUAACAUGAAAUAUUGGUGAACAGAGUUGGAAGAAAGUGCCUUUAUUUUUUUAUUAAUAAUAUAAGCAAUCAGCUAUUCUGUUCAUCAGGACUGCAUUGUUUUUCUUCUUGGGUGAUAUCAUGUCGUGGAGCAGGUUUUCAGUUGUUUCAGUUUAAGCAUUGUCCUAAACUUUUGGGUGAAACUAACUUUAAAAUUGCACUAACUUGUCAAAAGUUUAUGAAUUAAAUAUAAAUGACAAUCCAUUGCACUGUUUUGUGCAUAUUAGUGUAAUAAAUAUGUAGGAUUUGUGAUGUGUUUCCAAAGAAGCAGAAGAAAAUAAAAGGAUUUACUUGAAACUGUUUCUGCGUACAUUAAAUACACUUUAGUCGAUUCAUUUAUUGUAUAAAUAUUGUGUAAUUGUGUCUUAGACACUACUUUAAAUGAUUAAAACAGUGUGGGAUGGAACCAAAUUAAAUGUCCUAUUGUCUUUCUUAAUAAAUAAGUUUUAGUUUUACAGACAUUGAAGUUAAUUAAAUACUUUAUCAUGAACAGGA